AUGGCGGACCGCAAAGUUCUCGUCAAGUACUAUCCGCCGGACUUUGACUUUGACGUCCUCCGGCAGAAGAAGCGCGUCCUCUACAAGGCGAAAGAGCUGCAACACGGCAAGAAGCCGCGCCAGUCGGGCAUGAGCAAAAUUAUGAACGUCCGCAUGAUGUUCCCCUUCACGCUCCAGUGUGCCUCCUGCAGAGAAUUCGUCUACGUCGGCACCAAAUUCAACUCGCGCGUCGAACGCGUCCAGGGAGAAGACUACCUCGGCAUCGUCAAAUGGCGCUUCUACGGCCGCUGCCCCAAUUGCCGCGGAGAGAUUUGCUUCAAAACAGACCCGAAGAACGGCGACUACGUCCUCGAGUGGGGCGGGACUCGAACCUACGACCCGAUGCGCGAUCAGCAGCUGGCGGAGGAGCGCGUGCGGAAAGAGCGAGAGCAAGAGUUGGAGGGGGACAGGAUGAAGCAGGUGGAGGCCAAGACGUACAACGUGCAGAGCGAGUUGGCGGCGAUGGAGCAGCUCGAGGAGCUGCGUAAGAUGAACCGCCGGCUAGUGGACCGCGAGGCGGCCACCGAGCAGGCGCUGCAGUUCCUCCGGCAGAACGAAGUUCCUCACGAAGAAGCCGACGAGUGGGACGACCAAGAGCGCACCGAGUUGAUGAAAUUCAUGCAAACGCAGCGCGAGCUGCGCGAGCAGGAAGAAGACUCCAACGAGGACGACGACGAAGAUAGCGCGAAACCGCCGCGGCGGUCGUGGACGUCUUCUGUCCAGGCGGAUGAGGCGACGCGCACGAGUUGCCCGUCGCGGACUCGGCCAUCGGCGUCCUCCUAUGCGUCUUUUUCUGCGUCUUCUUUUUCUUCGCAAGCGUCGUCACCCGCGCGUUCUGAAGCCGCGAGUUCGGCGCGGUCAGCCGGCAGCGCCGAGCGAAGAGGAGACUCAGCUGAGAGCGCUCGCGGCUGUGCAGUGGAGACCGGGCGAAGCGCCUCCCCCUCCCUCGAGAGCCAUGCGGGCGCCUCGAGAAAAGACCGCGCCGCAGCCAAGGCCCCCGGUAGCUCCGCAGCCCCGCGCUCGAUGUUCAUGCUCACCGCAGUCAGCGACAAGAGUCCGCGCCUGCUAGUGAAGAAGAAAAAAGAGGAGGGCGACAGCUUCGCCGACCUCCUCGGGUCCUACGCUUCCUCGUCCAGCGACGAAGAGAAGCAGGCAGACAAAGAGGCCUCGCCCGAUGGGGGCAGUGGCGCCGAUGAAGCGAAAACGAGCCCAGACUGCGAACCUCGAGGAAGCGAGUAG